AUGGUUUCUAUGCAGCGAUCUUUGUCUUCACCCGUCCGCAUCCAUUCUGCUCCCACUGUGUCCACCGGUGUGCAAGAUUCGGGUUCGCCCCCUCCAUCUGUCGAUAUACUUGUGCAACCACCUCGAUCUCGACGACGACGCUCUCCCAGCCCCAGCCCAACCCGCGAGUCCAAACAAAUACCGCGGCACCUUGACGACAAAGACCGUCGGGGUCAUGCUCACCAACACUCGCCAGUCAUGUCCUCUCGGAAGCCAAUCGUGGCACAGCCAAAUAUGCCCGGCCAAUCUUCAACAAGAAACAGUCCCCGAGUUUCAGCUCUAAAACCUAGUGAUAACGAGUCCGACAACGGAUCUUCACCAUUCAAGCCACUAUUACAAGAUGUUUCGCAAUACUCAAAUCCACAUCUUUCGCCAGAAUCAGAAAGUACAACCCUCGAAGAGCUGGCUCACUUAGUGCGACUGUCCAAGUACCAGGAGCGCAAGCGCGCGAAUAACCGGCUGCGUCUGCAGAGGAAUCUAGUUUCGACCGCUCUCAGCGCCCGUCUGACCCGCUGUGGAGAAAUAGCCCAUCGUAAUUUGGUCGACAGUUUUCGUCGUGACGACAAGGAGAGCUUUGCUGCCUUGCACAGCGCCAUCCAUGAUGUUCGUAACAGCUGCGACGAGCUUCGCCGCUAUGCUCUUCUCGAUCCCGAGAUGGAGGGUCUCGCCAAUGCUGGCCUUGGAUCCUCGGAAAGUUUGGAUACUCCCACUAACUCGGCAGCUCUUGGUCCUCUCAAAUCAAUAACACCUUUUCUGCACGACAUUUCUGCCUCUGCUCGCGAUACCUUUUUGGACUUUCUCACACAGCUCCGUACAAACCCGGACUACCUGGCCACUCGUAUAUGUUCCCUAUCAAGUUCCGAGUUGAACUCAUUCUUGACUUAUCACAAAGGUUUGGAGCCCGUGGAAUCUGUCCUCCCUUUUCAUGGCCGUUCUGGAGGAAGAUCUCACGCAAGCGCGUCCGGAAAAAACAACACUGCUGUGGAUAUAGAGAGACUGUUGUCUUUUCAACGUCACGACCCUCUCUCCAUACUCAUUCACACAUGUUUUGCCAAUUCUGCUGGGCCUGAUAGUUCCGAGGAUCAACGUCGAACCGAGAUAUGGGCCACUGCUUUGGCACGCCUGAUCUCGGAGCCCAAAUCCACUGGCGAGCACUUUCUCAUUUCCGUUCUGAAUAUCUGGACAGCAAUGCGUGACUGGUCUGGUAAAUCCAAUAUGGAAUGGUAUCUGAUGAAGAUUCUCGAGGACGGAGCCUUUUUGCUGGACCGGGCCGAGGAUCAGCAUGGUACCCGAUUCAACUUGUCCGAUUGGAACCAUUCAGAUGAAGUUGCAGCCAAGGAGUUUUACGAGAGGGCAGUCAACCAACUGUUUGAGCUCGUGGACGACGAAGAUGCCACUGGAAUACCUGAAGGACUUUUGGAACUUGGAAAUGCCAUCCUGAAGAAGCUUGACCACAAGUAUGUCGAAAAUACCUCCCGAUGGUUGGUUUGGAGAUGCCUUUUCUUCGUUUUCCUUUUGGGCGUCAUUAUCCACCCAGAGUCUUAUGGAAUGCUGGCCGAGUACCACAUCACUCCUUAUGCCCGUGAAAAGAUUCUGAAAAAGGUAGCCAUGAAGGCUCAUGAGUAUGUCUCCAGCAUGUGGAGCGGUAAACCUUCAGCGACCUGCGUUCCAGUGGAGGUACCUCCAAAGAUCAAAGGCCAUGUGGAAAGCAUCCUCGCCCGUUUCCAAGGAUCCCGAUCCAAGGUACCGGCUGCCAAGCUGCUCCCAGCAAGGUCCAUUACGUCCCUGAGAGAAACCAAGGAGGUCCACCCCUAUUUGGUUAUUAGCCCAGCUGAUCUAGCGACUUUGGUGAAUGCCAUGUUCCCCGAAAGAAGACCACACUCAGCUUCGGGCAGCUUUAGGUCAGGACCAGCAUCCAUUUCUGGCAUGUCUUCCAUCUCACAGCCCAUCUCCAUGUCAAACCCAAGGAACAACAAUUUUGACACUGUAUCCAUCAUCAGCACCAGCGCUUCUUCAGUGUUUAGUGACUCAACCACCAGAGAUGGGUACCUAGAUGAUCAAGUAUCAGUGACACCUCAGCGGUAUUCGCCACCAGCAAUGGACUCGGAGCUACAAAGGCGUCUAAACAAAUAUGAAGACGACGGCUAUCGACUGCGCCUGGCACUCCAUGAAAUGACACAGAAUCUAGGUUCUGAUAUCGUCCGUGGUACAUGCCACCCUUGCGCCGAGAGAUGGCUUGUGCUCUUUAUAUCGUCUGAUGGCAAGAGUCUAUCCACAAGCAUGACAUUUGACCCGGACGAGGAGAUGGAUGACGAAGAGAACUCAUCUAGUACUGACACUGAUGAGGAAGAUGCUUCUGAUGGACCCGAGCUCGACAAGGACUAUCAUCAACUCCGUGAUUCAAUCCUCAGGUUGGUAGAGGAUUAUGAGAUCCCACGUAGCCUUGAGCCUGAAAACAGCCGAACGCAACUUAGUAACCGUGCCUCGGGUCUGAAGAGGUACAAGUCCAAGACUAAGAUCAUCACGACUGAACGUUCGAUGGCCAGCCGCAAUCCCUACAGAAAGCAGAUUGGAAAGGAUUUUAACGAAAAGAGAGAAGCGUCUAUCCCUGAGGUGGAUACCAAGGAUGACAAGCCAGAAGCUGUUCUCAUUACAAUGCUCAAGGCGGCUUCAGCACAAUCCAAAGCACUUGCUGACUUUGUUUCAUCUCAUCAAUACUGGAAGACGCUCAACCAACUCAACGCUCUCGCAUCUCCUUCACUCAGGAACAAUGGGUUUGCGGUGCUCAUCAAUAUCUUCUCCCGUGGCCCAAGAGACUCAAUUCGCCGAUCUGCUUCUGCCAUCGAGGAGUAUGAUGCUUGGCUUGUUUGGCUCAAGCAGAGUCAAGAGCGUCACGAAGGCAUCAUUGACCGCAUGAUGAGACGCGUACGGGCUGUGCGUGAUAAGAUGUGGUAUGUGACGGAUGUGCGCAACUCAAAAGAGUAUGCCCAUAGCCGUGAUAUUUGCCAAGCACUCAAGACUAUGGGCAUGCCUCGACGCUGGGACUCUUUCCAACGAUCUCGUGCCCACAUGGCUAGAGGACCAAGUUCAUCGUAUCUCUACCGCACUGAGUCCCAGAUCAUGGAUCUGUUGGCAGCUUCCGAAGAGCAAGGAGGACCAAACAAGUUGAGCGAUGACCCUGCUGAGGCGACUGCAGCGUGGCUUCAGAACCGUGGCAUCGAAAACUUCUGCAUGGGUGAAGAGCGGAUUCACCGAUUCUGUUACGAGGUGGACAAGUGUAUCUCAAGAUUAGUCGGUGAAACUAUUCGAGAGGCACCAGUGUUGUGGUCAAGUGAGUUGUACAAGCGCGAUAAGCUUGGAUAUGACCGCGCCAGAGCUAGAGAAAAGGAACUCUCUUGGAAUGGGGAUGAUUCUGGAAGCAUCAUCAGCGAGCAAGAUCGCAAGUUCAGCCCUACGUCGAGCAGACCAAACUCCCUUGCUAGAGAUCUCAGAUCGCUUUCAAUGCACAACCCCAGCCAGCAGUCUCUCGACUCGGUUCGACAGAGCAUGCCACGAGCUAGCUCGGCUCUUUCAGAUAUUCUUGAUGGACAAGAGUAUUUCGAUCGAGCUUCGCCAGCACAUACGAACGAUUCGGCCAGUACCUUCUGGUCUCCGUUCCAGCCAGUCAUGUCUCCCAGUUCAGGAGCUUCUCGGGCAUACUCUCCUACAACGAGUUUGACGAAUAUCUCUACAACCUUCUCUCAUCCCAACCAGGGUACCGCAGCUUCUACCUCAACCUUCUCGACAGGACGUCCUGGUACAUCGGCAUCAUCGAACGAGACAGUUUUCCAACACCAGCGGGUAGAUGACGAGAAGACUCGCUUCCUGAACGAGCUGAGACAGUCCCUUACCAGUCUGUUGUUGUCAGACCUUGGCAAUCAAGUAUUUGCUCGAGGCUCUGAAACAGAUGCUUGGUUCGACAAACUUGGACAAGAAUGCAUUGAUCGCAAAGAUGCUCUUGACCGACGGGCGCGACGUCGAUCUGAGAUCAAAGAGAAGCGAAGUUCAGGACGACCAAGGGUUAUCGAAAAGAAGAAGAGCUUUGGCAACUUACGAGGUGCUGGUGAGCCAAGCGAUCGGGCAUCGGAAACCUCAGAAAGCCUUCCUUUGGGUUCGACUGAGGGAACGGGUACCAAUGAGUCUACCCCACGUCUAUCCGCGGCCAAAGAAGACAAGGAUAAGACAGAGUUUCCUUUCAAGAAAGCAUACCAGCGACUGCUCAACAUGUUUUGCGUACACCCCAACCCUUACGCGAAGCUCAAUGCUCUUUACGAGCUGGAGAACCUGAUUGUAGCGGCACUGCAGUCAAGCGGACAGAAGAGGCCGCGAUGGAACCGAUCCGACGCCGGAUCAAGUGUGGUGACAGAGCAUAAUACCAAUGCUCGACCUACACCUCUGGAGGGAACAAUUGAUAAUGUCAGAGAACGUCGAUCGCAAGCACUUCAGUCUCAGCUUCAGACACCCUUCUUUGGUCCACGACAAGCUAGCUCGGAGACAAGAUCAAUCAUGUCAGGAGGAAAUGUCAACACUGAUAUCAUUACCAAAGAGCUGCAAGCUCUUUUCCGGGAGGCGUCAAUCCGACCAAAGACGAUCUUCCGAGACCUGCAAUUUAUUGCAUCUUUUGUUCCACCGUCGGUAUUGGAUAAACAGGAACGCGGUAAAGCAUUCUGGAACACUGCCCUGGCAGCUCUGAAACUCAAGUCAGAAGUAUGCCGUACAAUGGUAGAGAUGGCGGAUGAAGUGGUUGCAGCACAUGCGCAUGUGCGUAAGCCAAGCGAGAAUACGUUAACCGACGUGCCUCAAUCUACAACAGGCACACCACCGCCGCCUUCUACAACUUACAAGCUGGAAGAUGCGGGCAAGAUGUGGACAAUAACGGCGAAGGAAGGAUUUCCCACAGCGCAGCGCGAACUUGCGCUGUUCUACCUUUCCAACCCGGAAUACGUUGAGCGAACAACGCUACCUCUUUCCAAGCCACGCGAGGUGUUUAAGCAGACCGUGAUGGACAAAUAUGGCCGUCUGGGCAAUGGAGGAGGCCGCACUGGAUUUUCGAGCGGAGGAGGCGAUGGCAAGGAGAGUGAUGUGAGAAGCGACCCCGGGCUGAUGUGUGUUGCGGUUCACUGGAUGGAAGCGGCUGAGCACGGAGGCGACGAGCUGGCGACGAGCUUCCUGCGACAGAAUGAGUUUAUGGGGGGUCGCUAA